AUGGCUGAAUUGAAGAAUCAUAAUUUCCGGGGCACAAAGAGAGCAUCCCCCGACGAAUCGGACGACGUAAAAACCGAUUCAAAGAAACCAACGGCCAUGAUUUCCUCUCUCCUCGAAGAUCCAGCGGCUGCGAUUGCCAAUACGCGUCAUGAGUUCGGCGAACACGGAGGGGUAAACAUGUCAAUUGAAGCCUCCGCCACAUUCACCGUCAUGGAACCUGAAACCAUGCGUCGGAUGUUCGCCGGUGAGUUGGGUCCCGACCGUGAUUUCUUCAUCUACAGUCGUCAUUUCAACCCAACCGUUUUGAAUCUCAGCCGUCAGAUGGCUGCCCUUGAAGGUACCGCCGCUGCCUACUGCACCUCUAGCGGAAUGUCAGCCAUCGCCGCCGUGCUCCUCCAAUUGUUAGCUAGUGGGGACCACGUGGUGGCGAGUAGGACAUUGUACGGCGGGACCCAUGCGUUGAUGGCUCACUUUUUUCCGAGGACUUCGAAUAUAACGACGACGUUUGUAGACAUAGGGGAUUUGAAGGAAGUGGAGAAGGCAAUAGUUGAAGGGAAAACCAAAGUGCUUUAUUUCGAAUCGGUUUCGAAUCCGACGUUGGCGGUGGCAAAUAUACCGGAAUUAUGCCGGAUUGGACAUGAAAAAGGUGUCACGGUGGUCGUCGAUAAUACUUUUGCCCCGAUGAUUCUGUCGCCGGCGAGGCUAGGUGCUGACGUCGUCGUUCAUAGUAUUUCAAAGUUCAUUAGCGGUGGAGCUGACAUCAUUGCAGGUGCAGUGUGCGGUCCUACAAAGCUAGUGAACUCAAUGAUGGAUCUACGACAAGGGAGCUUGAUGCUUCUGGGGCCAACUAUGAAUGCGAAGGUGGCAUUUGAGCUGUCCGAGAGAAUCCCUCACUUGAGCUUGAGAAUGAAGGAGCAUUGCAGAAGAGCGUCGGUGUUUGCGGAGAGGAUGAAGAAGGCAGGGUUAAAGGUCAUAUACCCUGGGCUAGAAGACCACCCACAACACCAACUGAUGAAGAGCUUGGCUAACCCAGAAUACGGGUUUGGGGGUAUGUUGUGUGUGGACAUGGGGACGGAGGAAAGGGCAAACAAGCUCAUGAGUAUACUUCAAAACACUACUCAAUUUGGAUUCAUGGCAGUGAGUUUAGGGUACUAUGAAACUCUAAUGUCAUGCUCAGGAAGUAGCACGAGUAGUGAAAUGAGUGGAGAGGAAAGGGAAUUGGCUGGAAUCUCACCAGGGCUUGUAAGAAUGUCUAUUGGGUAUAUGGGCACAUUGGAGCAAAAAUGGAGCCAAUUUGAGAAAGCUCUUGCCAAAGUGCAAGACAUUGGGGUCCCAUUUUGCAACAAUUAA